AAUGAGUGAACUCUUAGUAAAUAGUUUAAUCGGGUUGAACGUAGUAAGUUAAUAUGAUCUUUAACCAUGGAUACAACAGGGUGACCUGCCUUUUACAGGCCAGGAGCCAGCCCUUUUCUAGUAGCAAUGCCCUCCUGUGCUGCACCUGUGCAGGCUGUAGGAUUUUGAAGAAGGGAUGAAGCCAGCAGAGGUGGGCCUAUUAGAAAGUGCUAUGGGGGGGGGUGGCGGCUAGUUCCUUUAGUGAGCCCUGGAACAAAGGAACUAGCCAUAGAUGGUCGUAUGCCCCUCAGAAGAAGGUGUUUCAGAUAAGUCAUUGACCAGGCCAGCUUCCAGGAAGGCAGCCCUGGGGGCCAGUGUUCCUGUAGAGGACCACGGAGCUGAGGGAGAAGAAGAAGGGGAGUGACCGGAAAGUGAAAAAACAAGAUGCCCCAACACCUUGCGAACAUCAUUGCUGUAAGGAGGGGCCGGUUAGAAAUGGCCAUGUUGGGCAGCGGCCACCAUCCAUCAACCCCGAGAGACUGAAAGAUUUUGGUGAGGAGGACUACCUGAAUGGGGACGUGAAGACUUGGGAAAUGAAGAUAGUGAGCCAUAAUGAGGAAUUGCUCAGAGAUGCCCUUGACCCAGUCACUCAGCCAAACAGUAGAAGCAGCCAGCCAACCUAUAAUAAGCUGAUUCGAUUUGAAGAUAUUAGUGCUGCAGCUUUUAAAAUCCAGAAUGGUGUCCAGAAAACCCCCUGCAUGUAUUCUAGACUUUCAAAGCAAUAUGGAAUGGAUAUCUAUCUAAAGAAAGAGUUCCUUCAGUACACAGGAUCUGUGAAGGAGCGAGGUGUGCUUUACCUGCUAACAUCUCUACAGCAGGAGCAGCAGAGAAAGGGUGUGAUAGUGGCUUCUGACAGUAACUUUUCCAUGGCAGUAGCAUACCAUGCCUCAGAACUCCACAUUCCAGUAUUUGUCAUCAUGUCUACCAGCACUUCGCCAGCCAGAGUGAAAAUGUGCCGUGAGUAUGGUGCCAUGGUGAUCUCCUAUGGCACUUCAGCCAAGGAUUCUCAGAUCCACGCAAGGAGGCUGGCCCAAGAGAAUGGCUAUCUAUACCUUGAAGAGGAGGACAGUGCUAUAUACCUGUCAGGGCUGGGUACCAUGGGACUGGAGAUACACGAACAAGUGCCAAAGCUGGAUGCAGUGAUUUUCCCUGCAGGAGGCCAUUGUGGAUUGCUGGCAGGAUCAGCUGCUGCCCUCAAACAUCUCAACCCACAUAUUGCUGUGAUUGGUGUUGAAUCAGAGAGUUUCCCUGUGUUACAACAAUCAUUAAAGAUAGGCCAUCCUAUUGAAGACCAGGCCUGCAGCAACCAUCAGUUUUAUGGAGAUGUGAGUGGACCUUGCUUUGGUACCAAUUCUUUGCAGUUGACUGGGAAGCUUGUAGACAAGGUUGUUACUGUGAGGGAAGAGGACAUUCUAAUUUCCAUGCUGCGGUUGCUGGAGUAUGAGAGAGCCACAGUGGACGCAGAAGGGGCUAUUGGACUUGCAGCCUUAGUUGCUGGGAAGCUGCCAGAGUUAAAGAGUAAAAGAGUGGCAAUCACUGUAUGCAGUGGUAACUUGGAGCUACCUUUGAUGAGACAGUGCAUUGAUCGUGCCCUGCCCCUUGACAACAGAGUCUGCAAAUUUUCUCUCCUUCUCUCUGAUUGUCCAGGAAAUAUUUCAAAGCUACUGGAGAUACUGACUCGGGAGGAAGUGAGGGUGUUGGACAUCAAACAAGAACACAUGUUUGUGAUAUCUGAUCUCUUCACUAUUGAGGUCACCUGCAUUAUAGAGACUAGAGACAAAAUCCACACAGCACAACUCAGAAAUGCACUCCUGGAACGUUACCCGACAAUGAUGUGGACGGAACGGUGAUAAGCAAAGCACAAUGGAAAGUGCUGAGGUUCUUCAACCAACACAUUACGGAAAGCUAAACUUGAGGCACUAAUAACAAAAUAUGCAUAAAUCUUUCCAAACUGAACAGUUAGCAAAUAGCAACAGGAUCAAUUGAUAUAUUUAUUUGCGCACAAUUGAGUGAUUGUCUGUUGAAAUAAAGUAAAACUUGAAGCGUUA